AGUGUCAUCAGUCCCCAUUGAAGCUCGUUGACAGCACUGCUCCUACGAAGUAAGCGUUCUCAUCGUAUUUUUAAAUAAAUGAGACGACCUGUUUGCGAUUCUGUAAAUUUAUUUUGAUUUUCGACUUGAAAUGCCACCCAUGGUCGACGAAACAAUCUUCGAGAAAGUGAUCGUGAUUGACCUGGGUUAUGCAUUGCAAAAGUAUCGUACCUCGUAUAAAUGCAUUACAAAUCUUUAUCUUCUCAGCAUGAGAAAUAGAAUUUGUAAUGCAGGUUUAUCGUAAGAAAAGGAUUUGUAAAUGCAUGAUUGCAAUUACUACGAGUGCGAUACUUUUGCACAGGAUAUGGGUUCGCGGGUAACCAAGGUCGGCCUCGCGGGCGACGACCAACCUUUGUAUGUACUUCCGACGGCCGUGGCGCUGAAGCUCGAUAUUGUUAACUCAGGACAGGAAACCACUGAUGCUGAUCAUGUCGUAGAGCCUGGCCGCGAGGGAGAAAGAAAGGAGGAACCCGACAAAGACACGGCGACUCAAGGUCAAGAAAAUGGGAGCGACGAGAGCCCCGAGAGCACGACCACAUCAGCUCCGACCUACGAGGCUUUAGCUUUACACCUCUGUAAUUCAUCCACCGGCCGCGGUGGGUCGUUUUUGGACGUCAAUCCAUUUGAGUAUGAUGUGAGCAGUAUGAACUGCAAAAGUAUCGUACCUACUAGUAGUAAUUGCAAUACAAAUUAGCUCAGCAUGACCAAUGGAAUUUGUCAUGCUGUUUGACCUUAGUAUCGAGAUUUGUAAUGCAUGACUGCGAUUACUGCGAGUACGAUAUUUUUGCAGUGCAUAAACAGUCUGGUCUUUCCGAUCGACCCGAAAACCGGCUUAGUUUCGGAUACCAUAAGGAAAAGUGUAUAACGUUGACGGUUUUCACAGAUUGCAGUCAUGCAUCACAAAUGGAGCCCAAUACGCAUGCUAUGCAUUACAAAUUUUGGCAUGUUUUGCGAUGCAUUGCUGCAUCACAAAUUCCGUUAACGUUAACACUCUUUGCUGUGAUAUCGGAUUGGGAGAAACUAGAGAUAAUUUUACGAAAAAUUCUCUCCAACAGCUGCUGCCCCGAAUUCCAGCCCCUGGAGGACUGUGCAGUGCUACUUUUGCAGCCGCCAGUAGAAGGACAAGCAGAGGACGAGACUAGCUGCGCCGAGGAGAACGGAUUACCGUCAACACGACCUCCCUUGGAGGAUGAAAAGGAAAACGAUGGGCGGCAAACAGAUGCAUCAGCACACGAGAACACCGGCGUUCAUCAACACAAGAUAACCCGCCUCGUCAGCAGCAAACUUGCCUCUCUGCUCUUCGAAAAGUUCAGCGUCCCUGCUUGUCACGUUGUUCCAACCGCGCCGGCUCUCUCGGCGCUGCCAGCCGGUCGAGGAUCCACUGCGCUUGUGGUGAGCAGCGGCUUAUGGAAGCGUCAGGACCGAAAUCGACAAAGUUGAAACAAUUUGUGAUGCAUAAAAGGGAUAACAGUUGGCGCACAGUUUUCAAGUGGCGCAUGACAAACUUGGGAAGAACCUAAAUCCAGUUUGUCAUGCAGUUUGGGUAAGGAAGACACCGUUUGUCAUGCUGCUUUAGCAGCUCUAUUUGUAUUUCUACACCUCAACAGGCUUACAACCUGCCUCCCUUGGCUACUCUGCAAGACAGGCACUUUUUGGGUUGCAUUUUAUGCAUCACAAACUAUUUCAACUUUCACGAUUUCAAUCCUGACGCUUCCAUAUGGCUUUUCGAAAACCUACGUGGUUCCAGUGAUCGACGGGGCUCCGGUGUUGUCCGCGGUCUGUUCUUCUGAAAUGGGCGGGAAGGAUCUGUCAUUGUACCUGGCGAGAUUGUUGGAGAAGAACAGACUUGGGAUGCUGGCGGACAAGAUAGAAAAUGUUGACGGCUCCACCGGACCCGGAGGAGCCGGCUCUAUGUCUGCUUUCAACGUAAAUGUUCAUGUUGUUGAUGCUGUGGGCGCCGGCGACUCGCCGAUGAUAAAUCCGUGGCACAUCGACGUUAUCGACGAUAUUAAGGAAAAUUACUGCUUCGUUAGCCCCCACUACGACACAUCGGUUUGGCUUACAGGCAGUACGGAAGAGGAUCUUUACGAAAUGCGGAGAGGAGCGAGUGCUGGUUUGUACAAGAACCAAAAUGGAGAUGAAAUCCUCAGCGGGGAAGUAGGUAGGGCCGAUACUGACAACCACAAUGCUGAGAUGAGUGAGCGUCAAGUUCAAAACAGCAGCCAAAUGCCAAUGUCUAGCGACGGCUCAUUUCUCAGCAUCUUGGAGAGAACCCGCUUCCAAGUGCCGGAAGUUUUGUUUAAGCCAGAACUGAUAGGAGGAGAUAGAAAAGACUCGCUACCGGAACUGAUUCUGCGGUCGUUGGACAGUGUAGAUGUUCAAAAAGUAGCCACCAAAGAGGGGCUCGAAGAAGAAGAAGGACAAGGAGAAAAUCAAGACCAAGACGUCCGCCCCCUGCAGCUGCUGGAACUAAUCGAAAUGAAACAAAAACUCCUUCGCAACAUUGUCCUGUCUGGGGGGAAUUUGAAAUUUCCGAAUCUUGAAAGUCGAUUGAAGGACGAAGUAGUGUCUUUGUUGUACAAAUCAGGCAGGGUGUAUACCCUCUUUCCAGACGAUGACGAGCAGCAGGAGGUCUACAACUCGAUGAAAAGCCCGACCGAUCCGGUAGACGUGGAUGAAAGUAGUAGAAGUUUUGCUUUUUCAGCACGACACGACGUGCAAAUCGUGGAACAUCAUCAAAGCCGGGCGGUGAGAAACAAUCUCGAUUGGGCUGGCGGAUCGAUUCUGGCAAGUUUGGACGAGGCAAUUAUCAAAGAAGAAGAAGGUUUUCACAAAUUACAGCCCCCGUGCUGGGUUACGAAAGAAGAAUGGGAAGAAGUGGCUUCCGAGGGGGCGUUUGCGGAUUAUGAGUACUUCGAAGCGUUGCGGAGGAAACAGCAAGUAGAGGAAGUUUCGAUAAUUCCUUCGGAGGUGGACGUCGAGGAGGAUGCUGUAGAGGAGCCUGAGUCAGAAUAGGUAGGGCUCGAGCAAGUCCAGGUAUGCAAGAACAAAUCUGCCACUCACCGUGACGACCACUUCUUGAGCCGUGGGCUGAUGAGUAUCAAUGAGGACCACUGCAGCCAAAAAAUUUCUGUCCCGCAACAAGCAACUGUUUUCUAUUUUUUUUCGUGUGGUGAAAGGUGGCUUUGUGAUCAUGCAUAGACACGACCGGCGAAUGAAACUCUGUGUACUACGGAGGACUAUAUCUUCUUCUUUUUCCAAAGAUAACAAAUUUUUCGGUGACACAACAGUCGACAGGCAACCUCCAGAGAAACACACAAUGCGAAGCACAAGCAGGUGUGUUGACGCCUAUUGUUCGCUCUUCUUUGUUGGUACCAUUUAUUUCUACGCGAAUGUAGAGCCUUUGUUUUCUUUUUUGGUUUUUGAUCUGGUCGCGGCCCAGCGACGAAGGAGAAGCUGUCGUGCUCUUUCUCUCCGUCCGGACGGG